AACCGUAAAAUGCCAAUUGCUUAUUCUUAUUGGUUUCUACUAACAUUUGCUGAAACGAUAAGACAGAAUGUAGUACGGAAAGCAUUUGAAGAAACAAGGAAUGAAUAAUACUAACGCGACCAUCCAUGAUAUUUUAUCAGGACGCCGAUCGAUCUCCUUAUCGUUACCUGUCGCCGGCGGGAUCAUAAUUGCGAUUAUAAUUUGCACUUGCUGCUGUACCCUGUGUGCGAGGUACAAGUGUGCGAGGAUCGUUAAUAAGCUGACCGGGAGACGAAAGAAAGAAAAGUAUUUCCCUUCCUAUAUUGAGGAAGGACGAAAGAAGUUACGGAAGAAGAGAAAGAAGAAGAGACCCGUGUCGCCGGACCUGGCAAUCGGCACCGCAACGGAAGUCACCGCACCGAUUAUCCCUAAGGAACCGGAGAGAUUGGAGGACGCUUCGCCGACGCCGUGUUACAAAUGCUACAGAAAAAAGAAAAAGGGACGGAAACGGCAGAUACGACGAUGAGAAGGAGAAGAAGGUUAAUCGAGUAAACGGGAGAAAAUGAGACCUCUUUCCGAAUUAAAAGGAAAUAAAAAAACACGUGCGACAGCGAAAUGACGGUCUUUUGUUUUUGUCUGCGCGUUUCUUUUUCUCUCUCUUUUUUCCUGUAAACAUCUCGUUUUGGAGAAAAAUGCCAUCUUGGACGAUCAGUAUUUACGUUACAAUCAGCGCGACAAUUUUUAUUCUAAGAGUCCGCGGCACGAUAGACGUGAACCUGAGCGAAUUGGAGUAUCUCGCGGCUCGACUGGACCCGUUCGAGUGUAGGCGAUUGACCGCCGCGCUACAUUACACAACUUAUGACUUGCCGAAGAACCUGGCUGCGGCAGGUCAGCUCUCUUUUGCGAUGUUUUACGUUCUUACGUUGCAUCAAACGCCUGCCUGUUAAUUGCAUCGUUAAUUCGAUCGUUUUAUCUAUCGCGUCGAUCCAACUAACGCUUGGCUUAUUCCCGCGGAACAAAAGAGCGCAAGGUAGACGAGGAGAUCCCGUGUCUGCGUCAACUGCUUCAUUGGAAUAGUUCCCCAGGGGAGGGCCGGGGAAAGACGCACGCGGCGAUUAUACAUCGGCUUCGACAGAUAAAUCGCAAUGAUCUCGCCGAUUGGCUUGGCAGAACAGUCUUCAGACAACUGGGAAAGGAUCUGGACAAUGCUAUUACGCUGUCCUUCGACGAGGAAGAAAUGGAAACCAGCACGUCGGCAUUCCACGUAGCUAAUUAUACUUAGAGCUGCGCAAAACAGGAUCAAAACAUUCUUCGUAUACAAAAUGCAAGAUAAAGUGUAUUUUACAUGUAAAAUAUAAAUUGGCAAGAAAGAGAGUAUAUCUGAAAAUUUACAGAAAUUAAACGAUGCAAAUGAUUUAAAUAUUAUAGGGAAAAUUUUGAUUAUGUUAUUUUUUCAUUGUAUUUAAAUAAAUCUAAUUGUAAGAUUUAUAUAUUUUAGAUAAAGUGUAUUGCUCAGCUCUGAUUAUAAUAUAUAAUUCGACCUUUUUUUAUCUAACUUCUGGGUUUCUUUUUCAGAUAAAAAUUUUAUCUAAAUAAUGCAUGAGGUAUGUUGUUUACAGCUUGUUUACUACAACCGAGUCUGUUACCUGGACUCGAGAGGAAGAUUCAUGGUUACCAGUUGAUACAAUUCUUAUGGCUAUUGUGCUUGGAUUGCUAGGAACACUAUUUGUUCUAAUUGUAGCUGUUAUUAUACACGCCGUCAAGAGCAAUAAAAAUUAAGUAUAUCGCACGUAUAUUUUGUUUUUUCUGAAGUUUAAAUAAAGCUUGUAAAAUGGAUAUCUCUAUGUUAAAGAAUAAAUUAAUGAAACAU